UGGGCCAGGGUGGAUGGUGGGUGGGAUGGAGGUGACCCCGGAGCAGCGCUUGGAAGACACAGUGAAGAGUCACUCCAUUGUUGGAGUCCUGUGCACACAUUCACAAGGACUUAAUCUGGGUUGCCAUGGGACCCUGUCAGAUGAGCAUGCUGGAGUGAUAUCUGUUCUAGCCCAGCAAGCAGCUAAGCCAACCUCUGAUCCCACUGACAUGGCUGUGGUGUGUUCAGAAUCAGCUAACGGAAACAUUAUGAUCCAGUAGCUGAUGGCAUCACAGUGGCAGUACACAAAAUGGCCUCGAUGUCUCCUAUCUGUCCUUCAGCAGCUUGGCAUAGGAACUCGAUCCUACCUAUGUUAAUUAUCAUCUUACAAAACUACUAAAGUUCCAGUAGUUAGGCCAUUCAUUUAAUGUGCAAUGGGCACUUUUAUUUAAGAGUGAAUUGCUUUUUAACGCUAUGGACUGAUCUAUCAAGAUAGUAGUAAGAAAGGAUCAUGUUUUAAAGCAGCAGGUCCAGGUCGCUUUGUAUAUAGAAUUUUGCUAUAUUCAAUAAAUCUGUUUGGAG